ACUCCUCUAAUCUCGUUUUAGCCUAGUAAAUAGUUUAUUAUCCGUUGACUAAGUGGGAAAAUCCAACGGGAAAGGCGCUACUGUGAAGCGGAACUUUUUGAUCAAAGGGAUUACUCCGCGAGGGAAACACAUAGAUGUAGCUAUUUCAUGGAUAUAUAUUUUUUUUACUUCAGAAUAAACCUUCUUUUUCCCAGAGGAAUAUAAACCACGAGCUGACCACUCGAGCGCGCUUUUUGUGUAUUUUUGGGCAUGUCUGAAGGCGCUCCUGACAGACAGAGAUCCUUCACUCACGAGUCGAGAUGGGACAGCAGGUGCUCGCGCUCUGCGCUCUCCUGUUCCUCUGUGUACCUCAGCCUGUCACUUCACAAACACAAGAAGUUUGCACUGGCACCAAAAAUGCUCUGAGCUCCACGGGCACCCCAGAACAGCACUACAACAACCUUAAAGAGCGCUACACCGGAUGUGAGAUCGUCAUGGGCAAUCUUGAGAUUACACAGAUGGAGAAUGACCUCGAUUUCUCCUUUCUUGGAAGUAUCCGAGAGGUCACCGGCUACAUCCUCAUUGCGAUGAACCAGUUUCGCAAGUUACCUUUGAAUCAGCUCCGAGUGAUUCGUGGCAGCAGCUUGUAUGACAAAGAAUGGGCUCUUUCUGUCUUUCAUAACUUUGACACUCACACUGGCCUGGAAGAUCUGGGCCUCACCAACCUCACAGAGAUCUUGGAAGGUGGAGUACAGAUUGUCCACAACAGGAACCUCAGCUAUGCUCCAUUGAUCAACUGGCAGGACAUUGUCAGAGACGGUGACGCUCGCAUCCAGAUCCAGGACAAUGGAGGAAGAGGGUCCUGCAAUCCUGCAUGUGGAGAGUUUUGCUGGGGUCCAAGUAAUGAUCAGUGUCAGAAAUUGACUAAAACAGUAUGUGCACUUCAGUGUCUGGGCCACUGUUUCGGCACCAACCCUAAUGAAUGCUGCCACCCCGAGUGUGCUGGAGGCUGCACUGGACCCAGGGACACAGACUGCUUUGCCUGUCGACAUGUCAAUUACUCUGGCUCCUGCGUCCCUCACUGCCCUUGGCCUGUGGUCUACAACCAACAGACCUUUCAGGUGGAGCCCAAUGCUGAUGCCAUGUAUCAGUUCGGUUCCAUCUGUGUUCCUAAAUGUCCCGGGCACUUUGUUGUGGAUGGCAGUGCAUGCGUGAGCAGUUGUCCUCCCGGUAAAACAGAAAUAGAGAAGAAUCAAAUUAAACAGUGUGAGACCUGCAUUGGCCUGUGUCCCAAAGUAUGUGAGGGAACUGGAGCCAAUCACAGACAGACAGUGGACUCCAGUAACAUUGACAGCUUUAUCAAUUGUACCAAGAUCCAAGGAAGUCUACAUUUUCUGAUCUUAGGUAUCAAAGGAGACGUCUAUAAUAACAUACCACCUCUGGAGCCUGAAAAACUCAAAGUGUUUAACACAGUCAGAGAAAUUACUGGUAUUUUGAACAUUCAGUCUUGGCCCGAUGAACUCCAUGAUCUAUCUGUUUUCUCUAGUCUCACUACCAUUCAGGGAAGAUCUCUGUACAAUCCUAAGAGGCCAUUCUCUUUGUUGGUGAUGAAGAUUCCCUCCCUCACAUCUCUAGGACUGCGCUCCUUGCGGGAGAUCAGCGACGGCAGUGUAUACAUCACUCAAAAUAUGAACCUGUGUUAUCACCACACCAUCAACUGGACACAGAUCUUCCCACGUAACCAAUUGCAACGCAGACGUAACGACAUCAAGGAAAACAAACAAAAGAUCCAGUGUGAGGAAGAGGGCCAUGUGUGCGACCCGUUGUGUUCAGACGCAGGAUGUUGGGGCCCGGGGCCUGAGCAGUGUUUGUCAUGCAGGAACUACAGUCGGCUCGGCACCUGUGUGUCUCACUGUAACCUCUACUACGGAGAGCCGCGGGAGUUUGCAGCAUCUAAUAAGGAGUGUCUUGCUUGUCACUCAGAGUGUCUGUUGCAGAAUGGGAAACAAACAUGCCUAGGAAAAGGUGCAGAUCAGUGUGUAGCGUGUUCAAACCUGAUGGACGGCCCUCACUGUGUUUCUUCUUGUCCUAAUGGAGUGAAUGGAGAAAAGGGGCAGACCAUAUUUAAAUACUCCACUGCAGUGGGUCAUUGUGAGCUCUGUCACUUCAACUGCACACGAGGAUGUACAGGCCCUGCGUUGAGAGACUGUGUUGAUCCUGACAGAAAUGUGAACAGCUCUCAGAUUGCAGGGAUAGCAGUUGCCGUGUUUGCUGGUAUUACUGUACUUCUGGCGCUGUUUGUGCUUGGUAUGCUGUAUCACAGAGGCCUGGCCAUUCGACGCAAAAGAGCACUGAGAAGAUAUCUAGAGAGUGGUGAGAGCAUGGAGCCGCUGGAUCCAGGAGAGAAGGGGACAAAAGUGCAUGCCCGCAUCCUAAAACCACAGGAGCUGCGAAAGGGCAAACUUCUGGGUUACGGAGUCUUUGGCACCGUUAAUAAGGGUUUGUGGAUUCCUGAAGGUGACUCCCUAAAAAUCCCUGUGGCCAUAAAGACCAUCCAGAACCGCAGCGGUCGGCAGACCUUCACAGAGAUCACUGAUCAUAUGCUUUCAAUGGGAAGCCUGGAUCACCCGUAUAUAGUGCGUCUCAUUGGGAUCUGCCCUGGGGCCAGUUUGCAGUUGAUCACGCAGCUCAGUCCUCAUGGAUCGUUACUUCAACACCUUCGCCAGCACAAAGACAGCCUGGACCCUCAGCGGCUGCUCAACUGGUGUGUGCAGAUCGCUAAGGGCAUGUAUUAUCUGGAGGAGCACUGCAUGGCCCAUAGGAACCUGGCUGCACGAAACAUACUGCUCAAGAGUGACUACAUAGUACAGAUCUCGGACUUUGGGGUUGCAGAUCUGCUCUAUCCAGAUGAUAAGAAAUAUGUGUACAGUGAACACAAGACAUCAAUAAAAUGGAUGGCAUUAGAGAGCAUCCUCUUCGGCAGAUACACUCAUCAGAGUGACGUGUGGAGCUACGGUGUGACGGUAUGGGAGAUGAUGUCAUACGGAGCGGAGCCAUACGCUUCUAUGCAUCCUCAUGAUGUGCCGGGUCUGCUGGAGAAAGGAGAGCGUCUGGCUCAACCUCAGAUCUGCACCAUAGACGUCUACAUGGUCAUGGUCAAGUGCUGGAUGAUUGAUGAGAAUGUGAGACCCACAUUUAAAGAACUAGCCAGUGAAUUUACAAGAAUGGCAAGGGACCCGCCACGCUACCUUGUGGUGAGGCCUGCUCAGAAUGGCGGCGGUGCAGAGGAAAGCCAGCGGUAUGUUAAAAGCUCUCAUCUAGAGGUAGGAUUGGAAGAGGAGGACGAUGAUGAAGAUGAAGGAUUGCAGGUUGGGUUUGCGACUCCUCCUCUCCAGCUCUCACCUACUAGAAGUCAUUCCCGUGUCCGGAUUGCCUCCUACAAGAGCACCUCAGAACACACAGCACCGAUAGGUUAUCUCCCCAUGACCCCAGGCCCAGGAGAUGAGCCUAGACAGUUGCGAGCCCAGAGGAGGAAGACUGGCUCAGUGAGGACAGAGUCUGAGUGUUCGGAGGGCCGGGGGACCAUUGUGGACAUUGAAGCAGUUGAAAUCACUUCUCAAACAGGCAGUCUUCGCAGAGGACGCAGUCGAAUGGACAGUGCCUACAUAUCUGGCGGAGUGUCUGUCGCAUCAGAUCCAUUCUCUCCCGGUCUGGAAGGAGUAGAUGAAGACCAUUAUGGAUACGUGCUGCCUACCGAAAGAGAUUUCAGAAGUGCUGUUCCUCAUGGUAGGACAUCCAGACACUCCAAAAGCACUCCAAAAACAGAUGCCACGCAAGAGUACGAGCUAAUGAACAAACAGACAAACAAACUUUCCUCCUCGCCCACAGACAGCACUGACCAUUUAAAACCAGCAUCCCUUGUUUCUGCACACAUAUGUAGCAGUUUACCUCAGAAAAAAGAAAUGGACUCAGCACAAACCCAAGAUGAAAUUUUACCACAGAAAAGAGAAACAGACUCAACACAAAGCCAAGAGAACAAUUUACCACAGAAAAGUGAAACGGACUCAACUCAAACCCAAGAGUCAGAGAAGGAUGCUAGUUUUCAACCUGACAACUUUGAGUCUGCUGAAAACUGUCUGAUUGGAUCGGAAACAUUAAACGAUGGUGGUCAAUCUGAAGAGGAAGAACAGCAGCCACGAUUGGUGAUGGUCGAAUAUGAAUACAUGGACAUACGUACAGAUGAACACCAACAAAAUGUAGCUGGCAAACGUACAACAAACGGUCCAAAUGAGGUGGAGAGGGAAGCGAUUUAUCAAAAUAUAAGUCAACCUCUAAGAUUUCAUGAAAAUCCAGAUUCUGCUGGCAAUACGAUGCAGAGGCGCGGUGAAUAUGUGGACAUGGAGGCAUCUGGGAGAAGUGGCUGUGAGGUUGGAGAUUAUCAGAAUGUCCCGGUAAAGGGAAGGCCUGUUGUGGGAGAGGAGUCGCAAAAUACUGGCCUCAGAUCUUACAUAAAAGUGUGUGCUGGAGUGGAGCCGCAAAACACUUCUUUUGACAACCCAGAUUACUGGCACAGCAGACUUUUCCACAAGCAGGACACCGUGUGCACAUGAAUAUCUUUAAAGUUGCCAUGAAACAGAAGCUAAAAUUGUUCUUUUCCCCCUAUUG